AUGUUUGUCUUGCGACCUGGUCAUUGGCAUCAAUUGCAACAACAACAUAACAGCAUCAGGAGCAUCAGGAGCAUCAACAGCAGUAGUAUCAACAGUAUAAUCAAUCAUAGACAAUAUACAACAACAACUACAACAACACGAAAGACAAAGACAAAGACAGCACAGACUGAGCCAAGAUUAUUAGUUCCCCAACAACAGGAACUUGAUGCAAGUAGUGCCAUUGUAGUGUCUAGAUUGAGUAACAGAGAGAAACAGUUCUUUGAUAUGUUUAAAUCAGUAGCCAGCCAUUAUGGAGGCAACAUUCAUUUGCGUGUCUCUGGUGGAUGGGUUCGUGACAAGUUGUUGACGACGACUUCGGCGAAUCCAAAGAAAGUAGAUGACAUUGACAUUGCCAUUGAUGGCAUCACUGGACGUGAGUUUGUCGAUUUGAUCGAGAGGUACCGUGUCGAGAAGGGACUAUCCCAACAGAAGUACCUCAUCAGGAGCAACCCUGAGAAAUCCAAGCAUCUGGAAACAGCAGCAAUCAAGAUUGAUGGAUGUACCUUUGACUUUACUGGCCUCAGAGCAGAGGACUACGACCAACACUCAAGGAUACCAAAGAUUUCAGCUGGCACACUGGAAUCUGAUGCACAUCGACGUGAUAUUACAAUCAAUGCAUUAUAUUUCAAUCUGAAUACGUACAUGGUUGAGGACUAUACUGGAAAGGGAUUGGAUGAUCUGCGGAAAGGUAUAGUGCGCACACCACUUGAGCCCAUGAUCACUCUCCUGGAAGACCCUCUUCGCGCACUUCGUGUCAUUCGCUUUGCAACUCGCUUCAACUUCCAAAUCCAUCCAGCACUCUACAAAUCAUUGACAUCCAGUGAUGUUCGAAAAUCAUUGGAACUUAAAGUGAGCAAGGAGAGGAUAUAUGUCGAGUUCACAAGUAUGAUGUCAUCAUUCAAAUCUGGAGCAAUACAGUAUUAUAGAUACUUGGUCGGUACGGGCUUGGUAGAUGCCGUGUUCCCAUUCGAUAGCAUGGUUAAACAACCGGUGGAGAUGAUUCCAAGACAUCUUGAGAAAGAGAUAAUACUAUCUUCAUUAUUACUUCCAUUAUAUAUCAAGUAUGGAAAAUCAGAUAAUAUCAAUAUGGAACAACUAUUGAUGGAUUUCAAAUUGCCAAAGAAGGAGAUUAGAGCUGUUCUAUCAAUAAUUCAAUCACAAGAGAUCAUUGCCAAGAGUGUAUCAAGCAUGUUGAUGAUCAGUCCCGACACCCUAUACCAUCCCGAUCAAUUCGAGACAUCACUUCGUCCAUUAUUAGAAUGGCUACGUCACAAUCAAUACUGGCAAGCUGGUCUCUGGUUAUCAUCAGUCCACUUCAAACUUAAGUUUCACAGUCCAGAUUUCAACAAAGACCAAUUCUGGAUUGAGUUUGAGAAGUUGAUACAGAAUAGUCUGGAGAAGAUGGCCAACCAACAGUAUUGCCUUGAUGGACAUGAGAUCAAGGAUGCAUUGUCAAUACCUCAAGAAGAAUCAAAGCCAAUCACAAACAUCAUUGAUGAAUUAUUAAUAUGGCAAUGGAAAUACAAUAUUUGUCAUGACAAGAUAACAAAGGAUGAUGCUAAACACUUUGUUCGUGGACUAUGGGCUCAACAACAACUGCCACAUCAGUGA